UGUGAUAUUCAAAAUGUCAUUAAUAAAUUUGCUAACAAAAUAGAAAGUGACAUAUAUGUGACAAAUUUUAGUACCUCUAGUGUAUUUCUAAAUUAUAGUUAUAAAAAGGCAAUAGUUUAAAACAAUGCAGAUUUUAAAAAAUAUAUACCCAAUGGUUAACAAGUUCAAGAACUGUCGGGGAAUAUUCACUAGUUCAAUUAAAUUCAAUAAAACUAAGACUAAACAUGAUAAACGCAGACUUCCCAAACAGCUCACCCCACUGGCUUGGUUAGAAGGUACUUGGAGAACUGUGAAAGCAGUAAUGGAUCAUCCUAAAAUCAAAGAACCAUUUCUAUUUGACGAAGUUAUAACGUUUACAAAUUUAGGACAUAAACCUCUCUUUUUCUAUACUUCGAUAGCAACUAAAGAUAAAACAUUACUACAUCAUGAAGUUGGUCAUUUAUUUAUCGACGACAAAAAGACCGUAGGACUUCUGGCAGUUCAUAAAUUUGGUUGCACUACGAUAGAACAAGGACAAUUAAAGAAGAAUAAUAGCAUAGAGUUGUAUAGCUGCGACAUCGGUUCUUCCAAAUUUAUCAAAAAGCCAUUAUAUGGGACAUACAGGCUCUAUGCAUUAAAUUCGUGUGGACAAUUAACUUAUAAAUUAGCUCUAGCCAGUCACCCUGGUCAUCUAAUCGAUCAUGUAUGGUGUACUUAUGAAAAGCGUGAAAAAUGUCAUUGAAUAAUAAGUAACAAUUGAAUAAUAUAAAUUUUUAUGGUUA